CCUCGCAGCUCCUCCCCCGCCUCCAGGGCACCCCGCCUUGCGCAUGCGCGGGUGGCAACGGCGAGGCUACGGGUCGCGCGCGCGGCCGGCGCUAUGGGGUUGAGCCGCGUACGGGCCGUUUUCUUUGACUUGGACAACACGCUCAUCGACACUGCCGGAGCGAGCAGGAGAGGCAUGCUGGAGGUGAUAAAGCUCUUACAAUCAAAAUACCAUUAUAAAGAAGAGGCUGAAGUCAUCUGUGAUAAAGUUCAAGUUAAACUCAGCAAGGAGUGUUUUCAUCCUUAUAAUACAUGCAUUACUGAUCUAAGGACUUCUCAUUGGGAAGAAGCGAUCCAGGAAACAAAAGGUGGUACAGCCAAUAGAAAAUUGGCUGAAGAAUGUUACUUACUUUGGAAAUCUACCCGUUUACAGCAUAUGACACUAGCAGAAGAUGUCAAAGCCAUGCUCACUGAACUUCGAAAGGAGGUCCGCCUACUUCUAUUAACAAAUGGGGACAAACAGACCCAGAGGGAGAAGAUUGAGGCUUGUGCCUGUCAGUCCUAUUUUGACGCUGUUGUUGUAGGUGGAGAGCAGAGAGAGGAGAAGCCAGCACCGUCCAUAUUUUAUUACUGCUGCAAUCUUCUCGGAGUACAGCCUGGGGACUGUGUGAUGGUCGGUGACACAUUAGAAACUGACAUCCAAGGAGGCCUCAAUGCAGGAUUGAAAGCAACAGUCUGGAUCAAUAAAAAUGGAGUAGUGCCACUGAAGUCCUCCCCAGUUCCGCAUUACAUCGUUUCUUCUGUGCUAGAAUUACCUGCUCUCUUACAAAGUAUAGACUGCAAAGUCAGUAUGUCCACUUAAAGCACAUAAAAGGGCAUGAUUAUGAAUGUUAGAGUCAAUUUGCAGAGUAUGAACUAAGAAAAGUUAGGGUACUCCACUUAUAAUAAUCUAGCUCUAAGAAUAAUUUUACUUAUGAUUUAAUGGCCAAUAUUUUGAAGUUUUAUUAAUUGUAACAACCAACCAUUGACUGAUACUUAUAUCUGAAAAUUCAGAUUGCAUUAAUACAAGUCAGUGGUAUAGCCUAGAAAAUUUGAGAAAAUAUAUGUUAGUCUGUAACUGGAGCUUUUUAAAAUUAUGUUAUUAAUCUUUUAGUAUCUCAGCUCCAUAAUGCCAGGCAGGAUUGCUUUACACAUGGAUGCACAAAUGUAAGGUUUAUCUUCUGGCUUAAAAAUAUUUUUUGAAAACAGAUUUUUCUAAAAUACACAGAUUUAUCAAAACAGCUGAAUCUGGUUAAUAUGAAAUAAGUACUAAGUCACAUGCAAAUCAAGGUAUUUUAUAGUGAAAUUAUUUAGCAUAUUUUGAAAACAAACAGUUAUGAAAACAUAAGCAGUAUUUUUUGCCUACUUUGGAUGUAUACUUUCUAUUAUGAAUCUGAUUUUUCUUAAGACUUUUUUUUUUUUUUGGAGGGUGGGGGGCAGUUUUUCUGUGGUGUGUGACAGAACAGUUAGAAAAAGCUGUUAAAAUCAACACGUGGUGCUCCUUUACCAUGACAUUUUCUCACCUGUGCACAGCGAGCUGGUAGCUUCCUUAUAGUUUUCACCUCUCAAGGAAAUGGUUUCACUGUCUUUUCCUGGACACACAGUGGGGUUAAGGGAGCUGGACUCUUGCUAGAGAUAAUUGCAAGCCACAUGGCUCUAAAAGUCAUUUUUCUUCUGUGGAUCCAUAAGAGGAACAUUUUCUCAAUGUAGCCUAACCAUGCAGCCCCCGAUCUCUUCCUUUUUUUUUUUUUUUUACUUGAAAUUGGGAUCUCUGUCGCCCAGGCCGGAAUGCAGUUGGCACCAUCUCAGUUCACUGCAACCUCUGCCUCCUGAGCUCAAGUGAUCCUCCCACCUCCUUGUGCCUCCCAAGUAGCUGGGACUGCAGGCACAUACCACCACACCUGGCUAAUGUUUGUUUGUUUGUUUUUUGUAGAAAAAACAUGUUGACCAGGCUGAUCUGGAAUUCCUGGACCCAAGUGAUCCGCCCACCUCAGCCUCUCAAAGUGCUGGGAUUACAGGCAUGAACCACUGUGCUGGCUUCAUCCGAUAGAAAAUUAGAUUUUGCUAUGAGCCAUUUCCAGAGUGCCAAUAUAAUACUCGUGUGACUCUUCUUAGAGUUACCAUCUGCCUUAAAUCUCCUCUGUUUUUCACAUUCUUGGAAAUAUAUCAUUGUUUUGCACAUUUCUUUAUCUAAUUCAGGGUUUACUAGGAGCUUAAUAAUUAAUGGCUACAUAGCAAGGCAUCAUCUUGGCACCAGAGAAUUUUCUCUAGACUAUUAGGCUAGAUAGUCUCAUGAUUACACUAACCAAACCUGGAAUAAAGUGGUUGAUAAAGAAUAAAGGGCUUAUUAAAGUGGUUAAUAAGUAUGAUUUGGUUUGUGUUUUCUUAGGUUUUUCUUCCAACUGUUUAAGAAACUACUAAUGUAAAAUAGUAGGCUGUGUUUCAGGAUAUGUAUAGCUAUGUCUCCAAGACUAAUACUCAGAGAAUCAAAUUGUAGAUUUGUACCUAUCUGUGAGCCUAUUUCUUUAGCCGGUUUUCUGUCUGCUGCCAAGAAACAGGAUUCUCUGCCUCAUGCAAAUGCCCUUUUCUGUUUACUUCUUGUUCUUGAUUUUUAAAAAUGUGAUUGUGUCCUUGACUGUCCCAAGAUGCUGUUGCUAUAACAGUGAACAUUUAUGAAUAGAGGAUGUUUGUAGUUCCACGUGCAGUUCCCAUAUGAUCUUGAUCAUAUUUUAACUAUUUAAAAAUUAACUUGGAGGAUUUUGGCAGAAUAGACAUGUGCAUGCUUGCUCUGAUAGAUUGGUAGGUGUGUGCUGCUGAGGGCUUGUCUUUAGCUGUCCCACAGGAUGGAUGUAGGCAGUGUCACAUUCAUUAUGCUGUGGGUAAAGGUUCAUCACUCCUACAAUGGGGAUAGCAAAUCUCAACAAGAUAGCUUCUAGGAUGUUAAGUGAGGAAUUCUCCAGUAGAAACAAUGUAGGAGGAAAAAACUGAAUAAUUAAAUUUCCUUGUCUUCACAGUUUGUAUUCUGCAGUACUCUGUAGAAUAAUAUAUACAGUAAUAUAUUACAUUCCAUUUGCACCCUUCCUUAGGGAAGAACUUUGUGGCUAUCUACCUUCUGAGUGGAAUGUUACAGAAAAUAUUUUAAAAUACUGGAAUAAACCUAUGAUUUUGUUAAUAAUUUUAGAAAAUAUUCCUUAAAAUUAAAAAAUGAUAUAACAGUGAUGUUUUGUCAUCUUUAUUUUGUUCAAAGUUUCCCUAUAGUGGUCUUUUCACACAAAGCCAGAGGCCCUCCCUAACAAUUUACAGUGGCGGUCCUAGAGCAGACACGAGUGGACACUGCACCUGGAAUACCAGCACCAGGUGGGGCUGUUUGGUUCCAUGUGCACCUCCACAUACAAGGGCACAAACAUCUCAGAUCUGGGAUUGCCCAGGACCCAGUGGAUGCUCAAUAUUGUAGGAAAGCAGGUCUCUAGCAAAGUACUUGGUUUAUUGCUUUCAAAUUUAUUUGCAACCUUCAAUAAGAAACAUUUUCUAUCAUAACCUCUUUAACACAUAGUGAACAUAUUAAUGUGUGUAUUAAAUCUAGUUUUACGUGUUUAAGUUUUAUAAAAUAUCCUUGUUAUGUAUGAUGAUCAGAUAUUUUUCAUUCCAUUCUUGUUUGAAUUAGGGAAUAUAUUCAUUGUUGAACAUGUACUGUUUGCAGUACACAAGUCAAAAAAAAUAAAAGGGUGAAUGGUGAAAA